AUUUUCUAUUUUGUACAUACAUUGUUUUGUAUAUACUGUAUAUGAUGACUUCGGUGGGCAGUGAACGUACCCGGGGCACUCGGGACAAAAUGCAAAUUUCAACCACACAGACAAUACAACAACAGAAACAAGUAGUACAGGCAACAGCAGAACAGAUUCGCCUUGCUCAGAUGAUCUACGAUAAGAACGACGCAGAUUUUGAAGAUAAAGUGAAACAACUUAUGGAAGUGACGGGGAAAAACCAGGAUGAGUGCAUAGUGGCAUUACAUGACUGUAAUGGGGAUGUGAACAGAGCUAUCAACAUAUUGCUGGAAGGAAGUUCAGACACGACUUCUUGGGAGACUGUAGGGGGAAAGAAGAAAAGCCUUGGAAAAGAAAGUUCAGAAAACAAAGAGAACAGAGAAAAACGAGGGGACAGAGAAGUGAGUCGUGGACGGGGAAGUUCCAACAGACGGGGAAGAGGAGGCAGCCGUUGCCGAGAGUUUAGAGAUGAAGAGAAUGGAGUAGACAGCAAUCAAGGAGACAGGCCUUCAGACCGUGGAAAACGUGGCCGUGGGAGAGGAGCAUGGAAAAAUUCAAUAGAAGAAUGGACAGCAGAAGACUGGAACGAAGAUCUUUCUGAAACAAAAGUCUUUACUGCUUCCUCUGUUCCAGCUGAGAAUCAUGUGACUCCUGGGCAAAGCAUUGAUUUGGUAACAUUGCUUCAAAAACCUGUGACUUCCACUCAAGAGACAGAAGGCAACUCAUUUGAGGCUCCCCAGCAGCAGACCUUUGGCCAAGCACUAGUCUUCACAAAUUCUCAGCACAGCACCCAGAUGGCAUCAGGAACUGGCAGUUCCAGUGCUGUAAACUCCUAUUCUCCUCAGAGUCUGUCUGCAGUUCUUUGUUCUGGCUUUGGAGAACUUGGAUCCUCUAAAUUGGCAAACUCUACUGGAUCCCAAAUCUUGGACCAAUUGAAAUCUCCAGGUUUGGGUCAAUUUACCUCUCAACAAAACAAUAGUAGCACUACCACCACUACCACAACUACCGCAUCGUCUUGGGAUCUAAAACCACCCAUUACUCAGUCCUCAGUCCUUAGUCAGUUUGACUUUAAAUCCCAGCCUGAACCAUCCCCAGUUCUGAGCCAGCUGACCCAGCGACAGCAGCAACAAACGCAGGCAGUCCCUGUUUCUCCUCCUGGGCUGGAGUCCUUCUCCUCCCAGGUGAAACUCCAAGAGCCAUCCCCGGUAGACACCUCUACAGCUGUCAGCAAAAUGUUACAGCUGCCCAGUAUAUCUAUGGAGAACCAGGCAGUGACUGCCCAUCAAACCCAGCAGAAACAGAUAAAACCACCAAAACGGAGGAUAACUCCAGUAUCCAAGAUUCCUGCUUCUGCAGUGGAGAUGCCUGGGUCAGCUGAUGUGACAGGGUUAAAUGUUCAGUUUGGAGCUCUUGAGUUUGGAUCAGAGCCUGCACUCCCGGAGUUUGGAUCAACUUCAAGCAGUGAGAAUACCAGCCAGGCGACCAACAAUAGCUCGUACUCAAAAUCUGUAAAUGAUCCUCUGAAUACCUCUUUGCCAAUAUCCAAUACAGUACAGGAGUCCACCUACACAACCUCUGCUAUCACCUCUUCCAGCCUGACCUGCUCAUCCCAGAGCACUAGCCUGGUAACAACAACUUCCUCCUAUGAACAGACUUCUGUGCAUAGUAGGGUAGCAUACCAAAGCUCCAUGGCUCCAUCUGAACCACCCCCCAUUGCAGUUACGAAUGGGCACAGUGGUGUUAGAACACAGGCAGCUCUUGACACUACUUCAUCAGUUCCAGUGUCUAAGACAGAGCCUUCUCCCUCACUACCUUCUGCUGGUUCUAUGCCUAGCAUGGUGUCCACCACCACUUCGCUUCUGCCUUCAGCAUCGCAGCAUGUGACAACGUUGCCCAGCUUGUCUCAGUCCAGUGACUUGGCCAGCAGCUCACUUUCCCAGUUAAGCAGCUCCCUUUCCAGUCAUCAGAGCAGCCUCUCCCCUGUCUCAGUGUUGUCUUCAAGCACAUCACAUGCACACACUAGUGUUGAGAACACAACUUCGCUCCAGCCCUCAACAACCUUUUCAACUGUUUCAACCUCAGCCACUAGCACCACCUCUUCUGUUGUCGGCAUGGCAAGCAGUAUGAACACUACAAACAGCCUUGGCCUGAGCGUUACCAGUGUGUCUAUACCAGCUGCUACCACACGGGCAGCUCCCUUAGUGUCUUCAGGCAAAGCUCCCCCAAACCUGCCCCAAGGUGUACCGCCCUUGUUGCAUAACCAGUAUAUUGUGGGACCUGGAGGACUUCUGCCUGCCUACCCAAUUUAUGGUUAUGAUGAUCUCCAGAUGCUUCAAUCCAGGCUGCCAAUGGAUUACUACGGAAUUACAUUCCCUGCUCCUGCAACCUUGACAGGCAGAGAUGGGAGCCUUGCUAACAACCCGUACUCAGGUGACGUAACAAAAUUUGGCCGUGGGGAUUCUGCCUCCCCUGCUCCCGCUACCACGCUAGCCCAGCCGCAUCAUAACCAGACGCAGACUCACCACACGACUCAGCAGCCCUUCCUCAACCCGACCCUGCCGCCGGGGUACAGCUACACUGGGCUCCCUUACUAUGCCGGGGUGCCAGGCGUACCGAGCGCAUUCCAGUACGGGCCAACCAUGUUUGUACCUCCUGCAUCUGCUAAGCAGCACGGAGUCAAUCUGAACACUGCGUCCACUCCUUUCCAGCAGGCGAGUGGCUACGGGCAGCACGGCUAUGGAGCAGGCUAUGAUGACUUAACGCAGGGAACGGCAGCUGGAGAUUACAGCAAAGGAGGCUACAGUGGGUCAUCUCAAGCACAAAACAAAUCUGCUGGCACUGGACCUGGGAAAGGUGUUUCUGUGACCUCAAGUAACACAGGUGUGCCUGAUAUCAAUGGCUCAGUCUAUAACAAGACUCAGACGUUUGACAAGCAGGGAUUCCACGCUGGCACACCGCCUCCUUUCAGCCUGCCCUCUGCUCUCGGAUCUACUGGGCCCCUGAACCCUGGUGCUGCCACGGGUUAUGCUCCAGCCCCUUUUCUCCACAUCCUGCCUGCACAUCAGCAGCCUCAUUCCCAGAUGCUGCAUCACCAUAUUCAGCAAGAUGGGCAGGGUGGAUCUGGUCAGCGCAACCAGCCCAGCACCAUGCAGCAGAAGUCUCAGGCUACCAAAACCGCCUAUGGCACUUCUCCAUACUGGACAAACUAAAUCCAAAACCGGGGAGGGGGGAGAGGAUGAAAGGAGAGGAGAGAGGAGAAAAAAAAAAAAAGGCAAAAGAAAAGAAG